GGGGACUACGUCAACUGACGGGGACGCAGAGCUCACGCGGACUCUGGGAGUGCUGAGUCGAAUAUCCUCUCUGGCGUCUCACCGUUAGGAACCGGCUGCUUAGUUCACCUGAAUUGGAGAUAAAACAUUAGCUCCACUUCAAGGUGGGACGCUCUCAGUUACCCCAAGGGGAGACCUUAACGUCGGGUUUAGGGCGGACACUUACGUAGACCAAGAACUGCGUAGUUGAAAUCUCACAGUAGUGAAAAUCUAAGACCCACGAUGGACCCGACAGACACUGCCCCUGAUUCCUGGGAACAAGAGGACGAUGUGGAGGCCACAAUCGACGGACAACUUGAUUCAGCAUUUACAGCCCUAAACGUGAAUGCCAAACCGUUUGUACCCAAUGUGAACGCCGCCGAAUUUGUUCCGGUUUUUGCAACGAAAGCGCACUCGGAAAAUCUCGAGUCUGUUGUUGCUGUUGAAAAGAUAUCCACCAUGGAGCUGUCAGAAAGUGCCGCUCCAUUGGAGAACGGCGACUCGGAGAUGACCACAGAGGAGCCGUGGGACCAGAAAGAGGCCGAGCCAAACGAGGAGGAGCCGGGAGGCGGGUCUUGUGGGGACCGGGGACCAGAGGAGGCGGCUCCAGAGGUGAUGGAGGAGGAAGAGGAAACGCCGGCGCCCAAGGUUCCACCUACACAGCCAGAUGCCCCCAAGAAGGAGCACGUCAACGUUGUGUUUAUCGGACACGUAGAUGCUGGCAAGUCCACCAUUGGCGGACAAAUCAUGUAUCUAACUGGCAUGGUAGACAAGAGAACCUUAGAGAAGUACGAGAGAGAAGCCAAGGAAAAGAGCCGGGAAACCUGGUAUCUGUCUUGGGCUUUAGACACCAACCAAGAGGAGAGGGACAAAGGCAAGACGGUGGAGGUGGGCCGAGCAUACUUUGAGACAGAAAAAAAGCACUUUACAAUCUUAGACGCUCCAGGCCACAAAUGCUUUGUGCCCAACAUGAUCGGAGGUGCAUCGCAAGCAGACUUGGCUGUUCUGGUGAUCUCAGCCAGGAAAGGCGAGUUUGAAACUGGUUUUGAGAAGGGGGGACAGACGCGGGAGCAUGCCAUGUUGGCCAAAACAGCCGGCGUCAAGCACCUGAUAGUUUUGGUGAACAAAAUGGACGACCCUACAGUCAACUGGAGCCUGGAGAGAUAUGAAGAGUGUAAGGAGAAACUAGUGCCAUUUUUGAAGAAGGUAGGCUUCAACCCGAAGAAAGACAUUCACUUCAUGCCGUGCUCCGGACUGACGGGAGCCAACCUUAAGGAGCCCACGGACAUGUGCUCCUGGUAUACAGGGUUACCAUUCAUUCCACACUUGGACAAUUUGCCACAUUUAAACAGAUCAACUGAUGGCCCUGUCAGAUUGCCCAUCGUAGACAAAUACAAGGACAUGGGCACCGUGAUUCUGGGCAAGCUGGAGUCGGGCUCCAUCAGUAAAGCACAGCAGCUCGUCAUGAUGCCAAACAGGCACGUGGUGGAGGUGUUGAGUCUCCUGUCAGAUGACGUGGAGACGGACGACGCCUCGCCGGGGGAGAACCUCAAGCUGCGGUUGAAGGGCAUCGAGGAGGAGGAGAUCCUGCCCGGCUUCAUCCUGUGUAACGCCGAGAACCUCUGCCACACGGGGCGCACCUUCGACGCCCAGAUCGUCAUCAUUGAACACAAAUCUAUCAUCUGUCCCGGCUACAACGCAGUCCUUCACAUUCACACCUGCAUUGAGGAAGUGCAAAUAACAGCCAUCAUCUGUCUGGUAGACAAGAAGACAGGAGACAAGAGUAAGACACGGCCGCGAUUCGUCAAACAGGACCAAGUGUGCAUCGCCCGUCUGCGCACGGCAGGGACCAUAUGCCUCGAGACCUUCAAAGACUUUCCUCAGAUGGGACGGUUUACCUUACGGGACGAAGGUAAGACCAUCGCCAUCGGUAAGGUGCUGAAGCUGGUUGCUGAGCGGGACUGAAGAGGACCCCGCUGCCUGAGAGUCCUGGUGAGAAGGAAGGGGCGGAGCUCGGUCAUAACCCGCCCACACAGUUGUCAGCGGCGACGCCACCACUGUCACGCCCCCUUCUGCGUGCCGAAGAUCAGCUUCAGACAAAACUCAUGUGAAAAAAAGAACCCGUUUUUAAGCAAAUGACACAACAAGAAGAAGUCCACACGAGUCAGCUUUCUCAUAUUGAGAGCUCAGCUAUGCCAUUGGGUUAGCGCCCCCCCACAUCCCUACUCUGGUCUACUCAUUACAUGAUUUUUUUUUUUUUCUGUCACUAUUUUUCCUUGCUUUUAUAAAUGACAAUGACAAAUGGCGGGAGUUAUAUCUGUAACCAGAUGUGGACGAGGUUUUGCUUGGAAUAUAAAGGAUGAUUUUCAGAAGUAAAUAGCAAAAGAAACCAUUUAAAAGAACUUAGCCAGUUGAAACCAAAUGUUUAUCUUGGGUGUACGUGUCUCCCUCUGCUUUGACCCAGUUUUUGGUUUCUCGUGGCGUUCUGGCAGUAUGCUCGAGCGCGUUGAAAUGUUAUUAAAGCAAACAACUAUGACAAUAAAAUAAUAAAUUGGGAAAA